GCGACUCUGGGUGCGCGCAGGACCCGUCCCUACAGCAGCGGAGCAGCAGCGCAUCCAUCCUGCCUGGAGCCGGGAGCGUGGAGCCGCGAGGAGCGCACACACACACACACACGGAGACACGGAGAGAGAGAGAGAGAGAGAGAAAGAGAAGAUGGACGGAGUGGGAUCGUUCGGAGCGGGCCGGACUGGGUCCACCAUUGACCCUAUCACCUUCGCCAAACAGCCACAGACCAUCCUCAGAGUUCUAUCCUGGAUAUUUUCCCUGGUGGUCUUCGCCUCCAUCGUGAACGAGGGCUACGUCAACAUGGGCAGCGAGCGUCUCCACUGUGUCUUCAACAAGAACGGGGACGCGUGUAACUACGGCGUGUUUGUCGGCCUCGUGGGCCUGCUCGCCUGCUCCUUCUUCUUCCUCGUCGACUACAAGUUCUCGUCCAUCAGCUCUGUCAAAGACAGGAAGAAGGCCGUGAUGCUGGAGAUCGGAUUCUCUGGUGUAUGGGCCUUCCUGUACUUUGUAAGUUUCUGUUUCCUGGCCAAUCAGUGGUCUCGGACCUCGGCCGAGGAGCUGCCACUCAACCAGGGCGCAGAUGCAGCUCGGGCAGCCAUCGCCUUCUCCUUCUUCUCCAUUCUCACCUGGGCUGGUCUAACAGUGCGUGCGGUCCAGAAGUAUCUGCUUGGCACAGACAUGACCCUCUUCACCACGGAGCACAUGGACGGCGGCGCACCCACCCAGCCAUACCCCUCCAAUUCACCAGGAGGCGGCAACACUGAGACCACAGAGACCUACCAGAGUCCGCCAUUCACUGAGAACAACGCAGCACCCACGUACCAGGUUCCCAUUUACUAAAGAUAGACCUGAUGGUAGAAGAGGAAGAUCCGGAAAGUUAUAAGAAAAAUUGCUUUCCGUGAUGUAACGUGUGCAGUUGUUAAUAUGUUGAUCUGAGCAACUGUUAAAAAAAUGGCCCCUCCUUCUUUGUUUCCUCCUCUUGUUUCCGUUCCCUCCUGAACAUUCCAGCUUUUGUCAGUACUUUUCUAGACCUGUAACAAUGUUUGACUUAAUUUUCUUACCUAAAAGCAAAAAGCAGUGUCCUCUGAUCAGAAAAAGAAACAGAACACGAGAGGAGGAGACACAGAAGCCCAGGCGACUUUGCAGCAUUCAAAAACUAUUUUGCCAGAAACCUAGAAUUAACAUUUGAGUGAGUCCACCACAAACACACUGCAGAGGGUAAUCACAUGCGGCACGCAUUCAUCUCGCUCUCGUCAUUCAUUCAAACGUCAUUCAGGGAGCGUUUUGUUUGCUACAGUAGAUUCGGGGUUGUUCCUCCGUCUUUCAUGACGUGUAUGGAAUCUGCAUGUUUCCGCACACAGGAUCAACAAAGUGCCAUACUGUACUGUGUGUGUCUCAGACAGUGACUGUGACUUAAUUUAGUAGAUUCUCACAUGCUGUAAAAAAAAAAAAGGAGAAAAAAAUGAUGACAAUGUUUUGUGACUAAGUGCAAUAUCUCACAUUCUUAUGUAGGUAGGUUAUGUGCUGUAGGAUACAGUAGGAAGUUACCUAGAUCAGUCUUAUAAAGCGCUGUCUCAAAUUACUUACUCGUCUUUGAAUAGUACUCACUAACGUCUGGCAAAUGUGACGCACUGGAAAUGUCCAUCUAAAUUGUUGAGCUUCCCCAGGAGGGGGUUGCAAGACGUGGCCGUGAUGUGGUGUGUAACGAGGAGAGGUGUUCAUCUAUAAAGCUCCCCAAUUUAUAUAUCUAUAUUUAUUGGUAUAAAUGCUGUUGUAUCAUCCUUUCAAUACAUUUUAGUCUUCCUUAAUA